AUGGGCUCUUAUCAAAACUUAGCUCUCACUCAACGCUGAGAAUUAAUUUUUUGAGCAUAUAGUGAUUCGAUUUCUGGUUUAUUCACCAGUCGUGCUGAUCCCGUCCUGGAGUGAUUUUGUUCUCAAUCCAUUGAUACUAAUUUGCAUAAUGGAAAUCACUAUUGUUGGCGGUGGCCUGGUGGGUUCCCUGGCUGCGUGCAUCUUUGGCCAGAAGGGUCACAAGGUCCAACUCUACGAGUCGCGUCCAGAUCCCAACAGUGCCGCGGGGAAACUGCUGCGCGGUCGGAGUAUUAAUCUCGCCUUGUCGAAUCGAGGUCGGGCGACGCUGAGGCGCGCAGGUCUGGAGGAGCUCGUCCUCUCCAAGGCGAUCCCCAUGCGCGGGAGGAUGCUUCACGGGCAGAAUGGGUCCGUCAAAGCUGUCCUCUACGACCCUGUCGCUAAUCAAUGCAUUUAUUCUGUGAGUAGACGUUACCUGAAUGAGCUUCUGCUGCAAGAAGCUGCCGCACUGCCCAAUGUAAGCGUGAACUUUAACUGCAAACUGAUUGAUGCCGAUGCCGGUAAAGGCUUAGCCAAGUUUAGAAAAAAGGAUGAUGAUUCUUCCGAAGAGGAAACGCUAGUUGAGAAACGCAGCGAUUUAAUUAUUGGCGCGGACGGGGCACAUUCUGCACUGCGACAAACCCUGCUCAAGCGCCCAAUGACCAAUUUCAGCCAAAAGUAUAUCCAGCACGGCUACAUCGAGCUCUACAUUCCUGCCACGGACAAAGGAGAGUUUGCAUUGGAAAAGAAUCAUCUCCACAUCUGGCCGAGAGACAGAUUCAUGCUUAUCGCCCUCCCAAAUCUGGACGGAUCCUUCACCGUGACACUCUUCAUGCCUUUCGAGAUAUUUGACACGCUCAACACGGAAGAGAAAGUCCUCACUUUCUUCGACGGCCAGUUCCCCGACGCUGUUCCAUUGUUGGGGAGGAAAAACUUGUGUCAUGAUUUUUUAACGACGAAGCCAUCCACCCUGAUUUCUAUUUCGUGUUGUCCCAUGAACGGUGGGAAAGCUGUCCUUGUCGGAGACGCGGCUCAUGCAAUGGUUCCGUUUUAUGGGCAGGGAAUGAAUGCGGGAUUCGAGGACAUUCUCAUCCUGGAAGAAAUAAUCCCCAACUCUGACCUUUCCUCUGGUGCUGGCGUGGAGAAAUAUUUGGAGCAAUUUAGCACUGCGAGGAGCUCUGAUGCUCAAGCAAUUUGUGAGCUUGCAAUGUACAAUUAUGAAGAAAUGAGACACUUGGUCAAUCAAAAAAGCUAUUACUGGCGAAGGAUGAUAGACAUCGGGCUGAACAAGUUGCUAGGUCAGGUGUGGACUCCGCUUUAUACGAGUGUCACCUUCUCCGCGACGCCGUACUCGAAAUGUAUCGAGAACAAAAAGUGGCAGGAUAAGGUAAUUUCCAAAAUGUAUGCUUACAUGACUGUCGCGGUGGGAGCCUCUGUUGCAACUUACUUGGUUUCGAGAUACCAGAGGGAAUCGUUGACAGACUUGGUAGUCAAAUGGGGACGGGAAAUGUUACAACAAAAAUUAUGAAUGGAAACAGCAAAUUUUGAACAAUUUUGAAAAGUAAAAUAAAAAGCUAAAUUUGAAGUA